AUGAACGACAUUGCUCUGCAGGUGGAGGGUAUCGACGCCUUAGCAGACACCUUCUUCGCUUCCGACCAGGCAGCUGAUGUGCCGAGUACUCUAUCCCUCGGGAUCGACCACAACCUCGAGGCAUCGUCAUCAUCCUCAAACACAAACCCGAAUCAGUCGAACAGCGAAUCGAGCCCCAACCAGCUUAGCCCCACCGUGGAGCGUCUAAGCUGGUUCCUGAACUCCCCGUCCUGGGCCAUCGCCUACCACUACCACCCACCGGGAUCCAUCCCUCCGGCCGCUGUGUUCACCAACUUCGUCCGCGGCCUGCAGGACUGGCUCGUCCGCUUCCUCCGCAAAGGCCACAACCCCUUCAUCCACCGCAACCUCUACACCGAAUCGAGCAUGCCCCGCUGCCUCCAAGAUGCGUACGCCGCCAUCGCCAUCGCGCAGAACGUCACGCCGGACAACGAACACGUGGUCGACGCCACCUCCGCGACCUACAUCCUGGACCUGAUCGCCAGCCACUCGGCGACGGAGCCGGCGUUCUCUCUGCUCACCACGAGGGACCACCUCGCUCGCACGCAGGCCCUCCUAAUCCACCUCUUGCUGUCCCUUUUCUCUCCCUCCAUCUCCCGCCGCGCCAAGGCGGAGAGUCUGAUCGACAUGCUCCGCCUGUGGGCCCAGCAGCUCUGGGAGUCUGCCGCGCUCGACGCAACCUCCUCGUCCAUCUGCUCAAAUACCCUGUCGUUGCCUGCAGACGCUGGCGCCGACACGACGGACAUGGUGCAGAAUCUGUAUCGGGCGUUUGUCCUGUCAGAGUCGAUCCGCCGGACGUACCUGCUGACGAGCAUCGCUACUGGCGUGUACGGCGCGCUCAAGUCAACAUGA